AUGUUUCAGGUUCUGAGUGAUCCGCAGAAGAAAGCGGUAUAUGAUCAAUACGGUGAAGAAGGUUUGAGCGACAUGCCUCCUCCAGGGAGCACGGCGUCUAACAACGGAAGAGCCGGUGGUUUUAACCCGAGAAACGCAGAAGAUAUAUUUGCAGAGUUCUUUGGAAGUAGUCCAUUUGGGUUUGGAUCAGCCGGUGGUCCCGGAAGGUCAACGAGGUUUCAAUCAGACGGAGGAGGAAUGUUUGGUGGAUUCGGUGGUAACAACGGAAGCGAUAACAAUAUAUUCAGAACGUACAGCGACGGGACUGCUCCUAAGAAACCUCCACCGGUUGAGAGUAAAUUGCCUUGUACCCUUGAAGAAUUGUAUUCUGGAUCAACUAGGAAAAUGAAGAUCUCUAGAUCCAUUGUUGAUGCUAACGGGAGACAGGCGCAAGAGACAGAGAUAUUGACGAUUGUUGUGAAACCAGGAUGGAAGAAAGGGACCAAGAUCAAGUUUCCUGACAAAGGAAACGAGCAAGUGAAUCAGUUAGCAGCUGAUUUGGUGUUUGUGAUCGACGAGAAGCCGCAUGAUUUGUUCAAGAGAGAUGGGAAUGAUCUCAUGACAAGCAGAAGUGUGACGCUUGCAGAGGCAAUAGGAGGAACAACUGUUAAUGUCGACACGCUCGAUGGUCGGAAUGUGUCCGUUGGUGUCACGGAGAUCGUCAGUCCAGGGUAUGAGCUUGUGGUUCCUGGUGAAGGGAUGCCUAUAGCUAAAGAACCGAGAACUAGAGGCGAUCUUAGGAUCAAAUUCGAUGUUCAGUUUCCGACAAGGUUGACAAACGACCAGAAGUCCGCGCUUAAGCGGGCUUUAGCUGGUUGA